AUAGGAUUUUUUUGGGUUUAAUUAUUAUUUAUUAGAAUUAAUAAUAGAUUAACACAAUCAAGAUCUAAAUGGAAAAUUAAAAGCUCUCCUCCGCGCGUUAGUAACAUUCGACCGAGUCUUCUCUCUCUCUUCUGUACGCAUCUCUCUCUCUCUCUCUUUCUCUCUCUAGCCAUCACAUCACAACUACUGGCUGGUUCAGCCCAGCCUCGGAUUGAACAAUCCCUAUGAUGAUGGCUUGGGCAUUCACUUACGCCAUCCUCUGCUCCGCCGCCUCCGCCGCCGCUGCCGCAUCCGUCUCGAUUCCGCCGCAUGGAGAUUCAAUUACCUUCGUCAACAGCAGCAGUAAUGGCGGCACCGCCAUGUUUCUACCUUUGUUUUUCAACCAGCAACGUACCAAGGAGGACUUCCAUCCCCGCCGCCAUCUCCACAACCGCCCCACCCCCAGCGCCCGAAUGCCCCUCCACGACGAUCUCCUCCUCAACGGGUAUUACACGACUCGUCUUUGGAUCGGGACGCCGCCGCAGAGAUUCGCUCUGAUAGUUGAUACAGGCAGCACUGUCACUUAUGUACCCUGUUCCACUUGCGAACAGUGCGGCAAACAUCAGGACCCAAGGUUUCAACCAGAUUUGUCAAGCACCUACCAACCCGUGAAGUGCAACAUCGAUUGCUCUUGUGAUAACGAGAGGGAGCAAUGUAUAUACGAAAGGCAAUACGCUGAAAUGAGUUCUAGCAGUGGGGUCUUGGGCGAGGACAUUGUAUCCUUUGGCAAUCAAAGUGAGUUGGAGCCACAAAGAGCUGUUUUCGGCUGUGAGAAUAUGGAAACGGGUGACCUGUACAGUCAGCAUGCCGAUGGAAUAAUGGGUCUGGGUCGUGGAGACCUCAGUAUUGUUGACCAGCUUGUUGAUAAAAGCGUAAUUAGUGACUCGUUUUCCUUGUGCUACGGUGGAAUGGAUGUGGGCGGUGGUGCAAUGGUUCUCGGAGGAAUUGCAACUCCUGAUGACAUGGUGUUUACCCAUUCCGACACUGCUCGAAGCCCUUAUUACAAUAUCGACCUGAAGGAGAUACAUGUUGCUGGGAAGAUGCUGCCUCUUAAUCCCAAGGUGUUUGACGGCAAACAUGGAACUGUUCUUGAUAGUGGUACAACUUAUGCUUAUCUACCUGAGCAGGCGUUUGGAGCAUUUAAAGAAGCCAUCUUCAAGGAACUCAACUCCCUCAAAAGAAUACAAGGUCCCGACCCUAAUUACAAUGAUUUAUGCUUCUCUGGUGCUGGAAGUGAUACUUCACAACUCUCAAACGCCUUUCCAUCGGUUGAAAUGGUAUUUGGCAACGGACAGAAGAUAUUGUUGUCUCCUGAAAAUUACUUGUUCAGACACUCAAAAGUGCGUGGUUCAUACUGCCUUGGGAUUUUUCAGAAUGGAAAGGAUCCAACCACUCUUUUAGGGGGUAUUGUUGUUCGGAAUACUCUUGUUACAUAUGAUCGUGAACAUGAAAAGAUUGGUUUUUGGAAAACCAAUUGUUCUCAGUUAUGGGAGAGACUUCACUUGUCCCCUGCCCCUCCACCAUUGCCUUCUGGCACCGAUAAGGAUAACUCAACCUUGGAUAUAUCUCCUGCGUUAGCUCCUAGUGAGUCACCGCCUGCACCUGCGCCAAAAUCUUCAGGUAUAUCAUGUUACUGUUUUUCGGGAGGUAAAAUAGGUCUCAUAACAUUCUUUAUGUUGUUGAACGUGACGUACCCAGAGUUGAAACCUCACAUGUCAGAACUUGCUCUGUUCAUGGCCAAGGAACUAGAUGUUAAUUCUUCUCAGGUUCGUUUGAUGAAUUUCACUUCUGGAGAGAAUGAUACCCUCAUAAAAUGGGCCAUUUUCCCAGAAGAACCUGCUGAUUAUAUUUCUAAUGCUACGGCCAUGGAUAUUGUAUCCAGGUUGAGUGAAAAUCGUGUUCAUCUCCCUGAUAGCUUUGGAAGUUACAAAUUCUUUGGAUGGAAUAUGGGGCCGACACCACCACAACGGACAUGGUGGCGACAACAUUACAUGGCAGUAAUCAUAGCAUUUGUAAUUACGAUGGUAAUUGGAUUGUUGGCAUCUGGAGCAUGGUAUAUUUGGAGGAGAGAUAAAUCGCUCGUUUCUUACAAGCCCGUUGAUUCUGUUGUAGCCGAGCAAGAACUGCAGCCAUUACAGAACUGAUCACAAGUUUGGCCUUUGGUUUGGUUUACUAUCUCAAAACUUAUGACUUAACUUGUUCGUCUGAUUUAUGUUGCUGUCAUAAGCAAUAGAUUCGUUUUUACUACGAUGAAAUGGUAGGUUAGAAAUGUGAGGAGGAGGUGGCGUGCCUUACGAGCAUUGCCCGAUAUAUUAUAUUAUAUUAUAUUAUAUUAUAUUAUAUUAUAUUAUAUUUUGUCCAUUUCUCUGUGAAUAGCAGAAUCUCAUCUCAGCAAAAAAAAAAAAGAAACACGAACGCCAUGAAGAUUAAUUUCUUAUUUUUAUAUUUUUCACAUUAUGUAUUCUUAUUUGCGAUUGAGAAUUGUAAGAAUAGACGAAGAAUUAAUGUGAUGGGUUUUUCCUCGGAAAUCGAGACAUCUUACAUGGGAUGGAUUGAACUGAA